AUGGCGGACAAAGCAGCGUUUCAAGUGAUUGUCUUGGGACCAACAGGAGGGCCUCGUGAAGACAGCGUGACCGGACUUCUGGUACGAUCUACAUCUACACAAUGGUCAUCGAACUCAGUGGUUGCUGUCGAUGCGGGUACCCUCCUCGCCGGGAUCAUUCGAACUCUUGAACAAUCCAAGCCCGAGUCCAAGGAAGGCAAACGCAUGAUGAAAGAAGGGCCGUUUGUUGGCCUCAAUCUGCCGUGCAAGACAGCCCAAGCAAAUGCAGCACACAUCUUUCGAGAAAUCAUCGGGGCUGUCUUCGUCACACAUCCUCACCUAGACCAUCUAGCAGGGUUGGCCAUAAAUACACCAAUGCUUGAGGCUGGAAACGGGCCAAAAGCAGUGGCCGCUCUGCCAUCGGUGGUGGCUGCCAUCAAAAACCAUAUGUUCAACGAUGUCAUUUGGCCAAACCUGUCUGAUGAGGAUGGCGGGGCUGGCUUGCUCACGUACCAACGCUUGGUUGAAGGUGGAAAUCCAAGGUUUGGCCGUGGAGAGGCAAGGGGGUAUGUUCGGGCGUGCAACGGACUACUGGCCAGAUGCCUCAGUGUCAGCCAUGGGUGUUGUAAACAAAAAUUCCAUCCAGAGAGCGGCACGCAUCACCGUGUGGGAAGCACUGUAUUUGCAGCGGAUCAGUUAAUGUUGCCUUCAAGAGCAAUAUCGGUUGAUUACACCGAUGCAAGCAUAUACUCACCAGCGUGUUCUCCUCGUCUUCUUGCGUCGAAUGCAAAAGAUCCUGCCAUUUCAACCGUAGAGAGCUCUGCGUUUUUCCUCCGUGAUGACCACACUGGCAGUGAAAUUAUUGUCUUUGGGGAUGUGGAGCCCGACUCUAUUUCAUUCGAGCCUCGCAAUAAACGUGUAUGGGAUUUAGCGGCUCCAAAGGUGGCUGCCGGUACUCUACGCGCUAUUUUUAUUGAAUGUUCUUACAGUGAUUCUGUCGAUGAUUGCUCACUUUAUGGGCAUCUUUGUCCCCGACAUCUGAUCGCUGAAUUGAAAGUGCUGGCCGCGAGCGUCGAGCUGCACCGGCAACCAAACGUUUUAACUGGCGAGAAACGCAAGCGCGCAGAUGUCAGCCCUAAUGAGCCCAGUGGGGAGCAGAUGAGCCCGAGAUCAAAGCGUCCUCAGAGUCUUGCUGUUGGAAGAGAUAGGAAAGCAGGCAUAUCUCCCAAUCGAGCAUCUGCUGUGAGCGACAGUCGACCGAGAGAUAAUUCUGGAGAUCAUCUUGGCGAACUUCCUGAUCUGGUCCAUGAUGAACCCACACCAAGCAACCAUGAUCCCGUCGAUGUCGGUGAUAACGGAGACGAUGCUGAUGGUCCGGAGAUGUUUGAUGGUACCCAGUGGGCCGACUCCACUCCUCUGCCUUUGGCUGGACUGUCUGUUUAUAUCAUCCACAUCAAAGAAGAUUUGACUGAUGGACCCCCUCCUGGGAACCAAAUUCUAAAGGAACUUAGGUGCCAUGGAGAGACAGCCGGGUUGGGUUGUGAAUUCUAUGUCCCUGGUCGUGGAGAGGGCAUAUGGAUUUGA